AUGACAUGCAAUGUCCUCGCGACAAGAGCAAGCCUUGAUCGUCAUACCGGGGUGAAUUUAGCUGUUGAGGUGAACGAGACGAUGAAAGAAUUUGGCCUUGAAGAUCAUGUGUUUGCCUGUAUUCACGAUAACGCUGCAAAUGUUAAUCUCGCCGGCCAAAUGAUCAAUGGCACAAAAGAGAGACCGAUAGCCUUCAAUAUCGGCUGUGCGGCGCAUAGUCUGAAUUUAUCGAUCGGAGAUGCAAUGAAGAAAGGGGUUGACCAGCCCUUUGAAAAGAUGGUUGCUGCAGCCAGGAGGCUAGUGGGGCACUUUAAAAUGUCCAGUCUGGCAACAAAUGGUCUUCGUGCUAAAGUGAAAGAGAUGAUGGCGUCUGAACAUCAUGGCAAGGGAUUGAUUCAGGACGUGUCUACCAGGUGGAACUCAACAUUUUACAUGUUGGAGCGUCUGUCGCUGUUGCGUUGGCCAGUCGUUGCGGUGUUGUCUGAUCAAUCUCUGACCAAGCCACAAGAAGCAAGGGUCCUAGAUAUGCCCGUAGAAUCUUGGAAACUUGCUGAGGAAAUAGUUCCAGUUCUUAGGAAGGUGGAGCUGGCUACUGUUCUUUUUAGCUCGCAGUCCAAAACAACAUCCGGUGUUGUCCUGCCUGCUAUUACCGGUUUAGUUCAUCAAUUGAAAGCCAUGACGUUCGAGCGUGCGGUAACCGAUGGCCGACGGCGAGCAACCACUCCGCCAGGUCAGAAUUUUAGGGAUACCCUGGUCCAGUCGCUGACUGACAGAUUCUUUCUCGACCAAUUGGAUGUUACCGGUGAACAAACAGACACCUGUGAAACGGUUCCAUUUUAUCUGUUGGCUUCAUUCAUGGAUCCCAGGUUUCGUGAUCUGUCAUUUCUGAGCGAAACCGAGCGGAGUGCAUUAGUGGAGUUUGCGUCAAAGACCCUGAAAGCCAUGCCAUCAUCACCUGCAAGCAGCGAUGUUGCUGCUGCCACUUCAUUGGAACCGGAGAUCUUGCCACCGCCAAAGAAAAAGUCCAAGUCAGAGGUAGCCAUGGAAGAGUUGCUUGGUAAAGGAAAAUCGUUGAACAGCUCUGGGGAAUCCACCUGCGAAGUAGAAUCUCGCGCGGAAAAGAACCAAAGGAUUGAUAAGGAGAUUCAGCAGCUCAGCAACGAGGCACCAAUUGGUUUGACGGAAGAUCCGUUAAUGUGGUGGAAAGAAAACGAGAAACGAUACCCUCUCGUACGGAACCUUGCCGCCAGAGUGUUAGCAGCUCCGCCGACGUCUGUGCCAAGCGAGCAGAUUUUCAGCAAGGCUGGACUUGUCGUCUCAAAGAAACGUGCCGCACUUAAGCCAGCCGUUGUAGACGCACUUUUAUUUUUAAACAAAAAUAACAUGUAG